UUAGUCAUUGAGGAGCGGAUGCUGCAUUUAACUCUCAUGCAUCAACUUUUGAAAUUAUCACACAUUAUUAUAAAAUUCAUUGAUCAAUUGGCUUUCUUCUUAUUGGGAAUUUGUUUCAUGUCAUUUCUCAUUCGAUACUUGAGUUCUUGUUUUCAUUCUUGGGCCAAUGCUUAAGAUAAGAUGCUAGAUCUAUCAGCUUAAGCUAAAUUAAGCGACUGGAAGUCCUCCUCAAGAUCAUAUUGAUUGCUUUCAAGCCUGUAUGCUUUGUCCAUUUCAUUAACAUUUUCUGAUAUUAUUCUCUAAAACUUGUUCAUAAAAUCCUUCUUUUAUUGUUAACAGUCAGUAUGUAAUUCAUGAGCUAGAGAACUCCUUAGCAGGCUAAACAAAAGCUGAAGCUGAUCUAGAGACUACCCCUAGGUAGCUCCAAAGAAGGCCCGAUGCUAAGCGAAGCUUCAUGCCUUCAGAAGUGCCAGAGAGACUUCCUGUGUGACAAAGAGAACUUAUCAGCUGAAACAACUGAAGGAGAAGUUAUGACCAAAGCUUGCUUCGGCCAGAGAAGAUUCCUUGGUUCAUGAAUCUGUUGUAAUAACGGAAGAAGAGAAUAUAUUUAUGGAAGGGAUCAAACCAUGAGCUAGUUAUAUGACCAAUGUUAAAGAAGAGUUUUAACAAUCGACAGUAAAGAUAAGAGUCUUGGAAUAGGUACUUGGUAAAGUUUACUCAAAAAGUAUGAGUUUACCGCUCUAUAUUACAGUCUUACUAUAUAAUGUGAAUGAUGACAAUGACCCAUCCUUACUUUUAAAUAAGCUUCGGGAGACUUUGCACAUACUUCAUAGACAAAGCAGACAAAUCUUCUAAAACUUUAAGUAUCUACUUCUCUCACGUCAAUUCUUCCCUUACAGUUUCACCGAAUGAAAGAUCCAGUUAAAAACCCUCAGCAUCCCCAAAACAUCCAUCUCUGAAAUCAUAGGCACUCCAAAAACCCUUCGUUCAUCUUCCAUGCCCAAUCUCUUCUUCCACCAGGCUCCUACACCUGAAUUAGAUUUAAUACAUCUCUAAGAUGCCUCCUUGGCUGUUUUUUGGGUAUUUCGAGAUUCCUUAAUUUCACCUAAUUCUCAUG